ACGCUAUGCUCACAGUAUUUAAAAUUUAAGUUGAAAAAGUAAACAAGUAACGUGACUCCAUUAAUUUAAAAAAAAAAAAAAAAAAAAAAAUACCCAACAAAUAAAUUGAUAUUUAAAACUGCAAAAUGAAAAUAAAUAUAGUUCUGCUGAUAAAUUUGACACUCCUAUGGGUGAAUUUUAUUGACGAUACUAAUGGAAUUAUAAUACCCAAACUUAAAAGAUCAUCUGUGAAAUCAGCAAGACAAUUUAUUUCUGACAGCGAUGAUAUUUUUAUUCCAUACCAAGGAGAACGCUUCACUGUCUUCGAUUGGAACCUGUACAAACUAAUUGCAAAUAAAUAUCAAGGUAAUGUGUUGAUCUCGCCAGUGUCCUUGAAAUUAGCAUUAGUUUUACUGUUCGAAGGAGCUCAGGACCAAACUGCUUACGAAUUAGCAGGCGCUUUGCAGCUUCCGGCAAACGAAUGGAAUGUGAGAGAUAAAUUUUCACCUAUCUUACGAUCUCUUCAGCCAAUUUCUGAUGAGUAUACUCUGAAUCUUGGAACAAGAAUUUACUUAAAUAAUAGUUUAUCAAUAAGACAAAGCUAUGCUUCUAUUGUUAAAGCAUAUUACAACACGGAUAUUGUAUCCAGUAAUUUUACGGAUGCUCGGACAACUGCUAAUAAUGUCAACAGUUGGGUUAGAAAUCUGACUAACGGAAAUAUUGAGAAAAUGAUUGAUGAUGAAACUACAAUUAAAGAUUCAAUGAUGCUGGUGAUGAAUGUCCUCUACUUUAAAGGCCUCUGGAACGGAAAUAAAUUUACUGCAGACAGAUCAAAGUUCAACAAAUUUUACCAAUCACCUGAUACGCACGUAGAUGUCAACUAUAUGACGUCUGUGGGAAGUUACUAUUUCCUAGAAUCUCAAGAGCUUGAUGCUAAAAUUUUACGUCUCCCUUACGUCGGUCGCAAGUUUGCAAUGAACAUAAUCCUACCGAGGACUGUAGAUGGGCUAGAUAUGUUAAUCAACAAAGUGAACCCAUUUAUUUUAGCACGACACGCACUGCUAUUGCAAAGAUUACCAGUCGAAGUAACGAUUCCAAUCUUUAAGUUUGAUGUUACAAGUCAUCUUGAGCCGAUACUCCGUGAUUUGGGUAUCCGGGAUAUUUUUGACAACACAGCAACGCUGACUAAAGUUAUAAAAACAAAACGUGGUCAAAAUUUAAUGGUAUCUGAUAUUAUUCAGAAAGCAGGAAUUGAAGUCAAUGAAAAUGGAACUACUGCUUUCGCAGCUACAGAAGUAAACUUUGGCAAUAAAGUAGCAGAUCAAACAUUUUAUGCCGACCAUCCUUUCAUUUUUUACAUUGAAGACGAAACAAUGGGGACAAUUAUGUACAUGGGUAGGGUAAUUAACCCCCUGGAGGGCAGUGGUAAUAGAGAGAUGUCUAAGAAUACCCCAGAACACUUAAAUGUCCUACAGAUGCAAAGUCCAUAUGUUCCAUCGGUGACAGGACUUAAUGCAGAACGGAAUAAUUAUUUUGGCAUUGAAUUAUUACAGGGAAUUAACGAACAGACGACAGGAAAUGUGGUGAUUUCACCGCUAAGCGUUAAAUCAGCUCUGACUAUUUUAUCAGAGGCAACAGGAGGUGAUACUCGAGAGGAACUUUUGUCAGCUCUGAGACUUCCUUCUGACAUAUCGCGAAUCCGUGAUAUAUCCAAACAAAUACUGCAAUCUUUGUUGACAACUACCAAUGGAACAGAAAUCGAUGCAGUGAACCGCCUGUGGCUUGAACAGGGAACUCAAUUAUCUGAUGAUUUUAAUAACAUAUUAAAAUCCAAUUACGGCGGUGACACCAGCAAUGUUGCCUUUAGUAACAUCCAGUCAACAGUAUUAACUAUUAAUAACUGGGUUCGGCAAUUUACCCGCGGUCAUAUAGACUCUAUUGUUGAUUCAAGCUCACUGAGUCCAGCAACUAAAAUACUAUUGACAUCCGCGCUUUACUUCAAAGGCAACUGGAAAAAGGCAUUCGAUAAAAACUUAACUCGUAAUCGAUGUUUCAAUAUUCCUAAUCAAGCUUGUCAUACUGUACCGAUGAUGGAAAGUGUUUCCAAUUAUUUUUAUGCCUCCAUUCUGGAUUUAAAAGCUGAAGUUGUUGAAAUUCCUUACGAUGAUGACAAAAUAUCAAUGUUAGUUUUCUUACCAACCAAGGAAGGUUUACAAAGUUUAUCAAUUUUAUCGAGAGAUUUAUCAUACACAUCUAUAUCUUCAAUCCUUAACAGUCUUCGAGAAACAGAAUUGAUACUUUUGAUGCCUAGAUUUAGUGUUGAAACUAAAACAGAUUUGCGCUCAACUCUCGAAACAUUGGGAAUCAGACAAUUGUUUAACGUAAAUGCGAAUUUUACUAAUUUUUUGAUAAAUGGCGGUGCUAAAGUUGACAGUGUUCUUCAUAAUGCCAAAAUAGAAGUCAAUGAGGAUGGUUCUGUUGCAGCUGCAGUUACAGGACUGUCAGUGGUUCCACUGAUGGGAUCAUCGAUCGACGCAUUUAGAGUAAAUCGUCCAUUCUUGUUAAUGCUGAUUGAUCGCCAAACCAAUAGCAUAAUCUUUAGCGGUCGCGUAAUUCGACCAUGAUAAUAUUACAUUUAUAUUUAUACGUGUCCUUAAAUAACAAAUCCAUUCAUGACAUAAAUUAUUAAUUAAACUUAAAUAAAUUUCAAGUCAUAAGCUGAUUUAUGUAACUAAAAAAUUUAUGUACAAUCUUUUGUGAAUUUUUUAUUUUUGCAAUUUUUAAAAUUACUUCAUCGGUCAGUAAUCUCUCUAUGGUUAAUUAAAAAAUGCAUAAUAUCAAAUUUUUACUUAUAUAGUACUUUAAAAUAAUUUGGAUUUCAAAUCAGGAGUAAUCGAAUGUAUUUUAAGAGAGUGAUAUGAACUUUAACCUGUAAAAAAAUAUAUAAGAACAAUUUUUAUUUUUAUUAUAAUACAAAAUAUUUUAAUAUAAAAAAUGUCAAAAAUUAUUAGUACAAUUACAGUAAAGUGAUUUAUAUUCCGAAGAUGAUCAGUACACGUCAAUUUCAUGUGGGUAUUUCAUCAUCCGAAUCGUCUUCCCCUUCUUCACAUAUAUCCAUCUCGGUCUGCCGUAUUAUUCUCUCUCAUUCUCUCCGUUGUGCGUCAACUCGAUCAACCCACGAUACACAUUUUUACGUUACUGUCAGAACAUUGUCUGUAAAACUUAAAAGCAAGUGACUCCAUUGUUUAGUAUUUUAAAUUUAUUAAAAUCAAUAUCCUUCGAAAAAUCUUCAAAUUAUAAAAAGAAAAUUAUUAUUAAAACAGUAAUAUAAAAUUAUUAUUAAAAGUAAUAUAAAAAUAAAUCCAUAAAAUUUCAUAUUAGUCCAUUUUUGUAUUGUAUUAUUAUAUAGAAAAAUGUGUUCAUCUACCAUAAUGUGUUCAAACGGUUGUUGCUGUGGUGGUAAUUAGCUAAGA